CUUCGCAUUUUUACCUCUGAACAUGGAUGCCGUGUAGCUCCACGAUGCUUUUACUGAUGUUAGUGUUAAACCUGAGCACAGCUGAAGCUCUACAGGUGAUUGGAGGAAACAUCACCGUGGGACAAGGAGAGACUGCUGUCUUACCGUGCAAAGUCAUUAACACCACGGAGACGGUUACUCAGAUUUCAUGGCAGAGAAAAACCAGAACAAAAACUGAGAAUGAGAACUUCUUCACAGUCGUGUCCACAAGUGGAGAAAAUGUUAUCAAUGUAAAAGAUAAACGUUUUAAAUUUGUUGGGAGUGUUAAUGACUGCAAUGGAACACUCCAGUUUUCCAAUGUCACACUGAUGGAUGAAGGCAGCUACACAUGCAUCUUCACUAUGUUCUCCAGUGGAAACCACAAGACAGAAGUGCCUCUAAACGUGCUUGUUCCUCCAGUCUCAAGCCUCCAGUACAAUAUUCCUGUUCUGGGCAAUGAGGAGGUUUUCCUGGUUCUGUGCACGGCUGCUGGUUCCAGGCCUCCCGUGGAGGUGAAGUGGUUGACUGGUACUCUGGAAGGAAAAGUGAGGGCAACAACCAACUCCACCAAGCAUGACAACGGUACGACUACCACAGUCAGCUCUCUGUUUGGAGUACCAACCACAGAAAUCAAUCGCCACAUGGUCCAGUGUGUCGUCACCAACGCAGCCCUGUUGAAAGAAGAAACCCGUCCCUUCACCUUGCAGGUCCACUUCCCACCCAUGGAAGUAAACAUUCGUGAACGAGCCGAAGACUCAUUUGAAUGUGUGUCUGAUGCCAAUCCGGAUGCAGACUUUACCUGGAGCAGACCUGACAACUCGUGGCCUCAGUCUGCUGUCCGAGUAGGUGCAACAUUACAGUUUCGGAGCAUGACCCCUGAGCUAAAUGGUCUCUAUGAGUGCGAAGCAUCGAACACCUUUGGAAGAAAACGUGGUCACCUCUAUGUGCAUGUGACUUCAGAGGGCUGCCGUGUUUGUUGGGCCUUAUUUGUUAUUUUGCUCAUCCUCAUUGCUUUUGCUGCUGGUGCAGGGUGGUACCUCUAUAAAACUGGGAAAUUCCAAAGGUUUUUUUCAAGGUUAGAAGAGGGCACAAGCAGAGAGAGAGAACCAGUACGAACAUCCUCCAGCUCACAUGAACGCACUGAUCAUGGAGAAGAAGAAGAAGAAUAAGAAAGAGAAGACGAGAGGCCAUUAUAGCAGAGGUAGAGGAUUUAGUAGUUAAAGGUGUUUGGUUUAAUUCUUACUGGUUUGUCUUUUUUUCAUUUUCUUCUUAAAAUAUUUUUCCAAAAUCUGCCUGAAAAUAUGUGGAGACACAUUUGAAACUGUAUACCUUAGGGACCUCUUUGACAUCCGUUGCAGUGGCAAGUCGCCACGGCUAACAUUUCAUUCCUGACUCAGCUGGUUAAUGAACAGAUGCAUGCAGCUGCUGUAUCUCUUUUCCCUGAGGUUGUCUCGAAUGCCACUUUUUUGGGGCAUCAAAGAUUCAGUGAUAAGGAUGAAGUUCGUCUGUAAGAGAGACGUUGUAAGCAUUUACGCAUGAGACACAGCGGCCUCAUGCGUAAUGAUGCCUUAUGAUUAUUAUUUAAUUGUCUGUGUUCUUCUACAUGUCUGAAAGGCAACACACGCAGAUUGUUUGGAGUAAAGCAGCUGUCCUGCUUUCACCUUUAUUUUACCAGGAAGUCCCAUUUAAUUCUGUUUCCUUUGGAAAGUUUAUGAUUUCAGCUUUUCUCUUAACAGUUUUAAUUUAAUUAUAUU